AUGUUCGGGUAUCUGCUGCUGGGUUUCGGGCUGUUGAUGCUGAGGAUGAUGCUGAUUCAGGGAAGUUCCAAGUUUGAGAGUAUGGUGCCGGGGUUCGAUGGUGAGUCGGAAUUUAUUUUUUGGGCAUUUAUAAUAAAUUCAUUGAGCUCGUUUUUUAUCAGUUUUCCGGGAAAAACGUGAGCGUAAUGUCGCUGUGCCAAUCGCAUCGCUGAAGUGAAAGGAAAUUUGAUUUGGCCGCGAUACAAUUUAUUUUCUGAGUAGACAUGGCUCUGGCUGCGAUUUUCGGCCCAGCCCGGCCCUAGAGCCAUGUCUAAGCGGCGAUGAAAUUUUCGAUGCGACAGAGUGCUCACUACUUUCCCGACAGACUGAUAUCCGAUCUUUUUGUCUCCAACCCAGGUUUGAUCCCAGUCUGUUUUAUAGCCAAGCCAUUCAUGUCCACAGAAAAAACAAUUACUCAAAUUUUAUUGCCAUGAUGACCAAUGCUCUUAAACAUAGCCGUGAUUUUACAAUUCAUUUCAGACGAGUUCCUGGCCGCAGAUAAUGGCAUCUCGCCAGAGCACAAAGCCCUCUUCCUUCAAUUAGUCUCCCUUCGAGGGCAUUAUGAAAAAUCAGACUUACGCCAACUCGUGGAUAACGAAAAAUUAUUAGUCAAGUUGAUCAAGAAGGUCAGGGAAUUACUCGAAUCUCAUGAUGUGCCUGAGGGCGUACUUAACUUUUUUGAAGAGGUAAGCUUACUUCUGACGGGGUUUGUUUUGAAGAAUAGAAUUUUGGGAGAAAUUUUGAUGAUGUCGUGGACAAGACAGCACAAUGAUUUUUAGCCUGAUUUUUUAAGUUAGUGCUGGUCCAUAGAUCCAAUUUUCGAAAUAAUUUUUGAGAUUUUUUGAGGUUAAAAAAGGUCAUCACGAAAAGUUUUUUUGGAAUUUUUAGUCUCUAAAAAAUUAGAGUGUUUAGUUUUUACACCGAUGUAUAUUACAUUCAAUUUACACUGUUUUGAACCGACAUUUUUUUCAUCUUGGGCUGUCAUAAUGGCGGACUUUUACGGAAUUUUCGCAAAAUUGAAUUUCUCGUUUUAUGAGAUGGGAAUGAUUCCUUUUAACAAUUGAAAAAUUGUCGGAAAAAUAAUUCUAUUUUUGAGCAUUGAUAUAUUUUUUAUUCUUCAGUACCUUGACAUUACCCAUCGUCUGGAAGUUGCCUCCCAAUUCCCUCCAGCUCAGCGAGUCGCCACCGUUUACAAAGGAUUCCGCAAAACCCUCGAGAAAUACCGUUUGUUGGACAUGGAAGAGAGGGAAUAUCUGGUCAAUUACGACCAGACCAUGGAGAAAUUAGAAAGUAAUUUUAACUUUUUUAUCGUUACUUUUAAUCACCGAUUAUCAAGGCUUGGGAAUUGUUUUUGUUCGGGCGAUUAAACAUCGAAAAAAACACAAUUUCCAGGAUAGUUUCCAAGGCGGAUUAGCGGUUUAGUCAACGGUUUGUUGACGUGGAACAAAGGGCUUAUAUUUUUGUUAUCUACGGACUUAAAAAUAGUUUUAGUUGUCAGGGAGAGUCCCUGAAAUCCAAGGUUUAGGUCUAGUGGGGACUGGGACAAAGUUUAGGCCUGAUUUUUUUCGAGAGAAAAACAAGAUUUUGCAUCGCAUUUUCCAGAAUUUAUAGAACUUUUGUUUCAAAAUUUUCUAAAGUUUUUAUUUGAAAUGAAAGCGACUUUUUGUUCGAGGAGAAUGACAAAAUUUCAUAUUUUUUUUCUGUCAAAAAUUCGCAAAGACCUCACAAAAAGUUCUCUGCCGUCUCCUCACUUUCUAUUCUCUCUCGCCGGCAAAGAUUUUUGAAAAUAUCGGCCCUCCUGGCAAGACGCAAGCUAAAAUUUUCAAAAAUUAACACGUAGCCUAGACAGAGAAUCUUUACAAAAAUUCAAACAAAUUAGGAGCAAUGGACCUUGAGCAUCUCCCAUAUUGAUGAUUAACAAAAAAUUUUAUUUUUUUUUUUGAUAUACCAAAACAAUAUUUGUGACAUUUUCAGAACUAUGGAACCCCGUCAUCGCGCAAGCAAAGACAAUGUGCAAAAACCCGGUGAACAAGGCGGUUUGCAAGGAGGUUGAUGUGUAA